GUGCGGUAAUGAAGUGCACAACGAACGAAAUGCAGUUGAAAUAAACCAGUGCUUCACCUUGACUGUUGGCGUUGCCUAAGACAAUCCUGCGACUAAUGACUUUAUAAGUGCAAACACGUUGCCUUGGAUGACUCGGGACUUCUGUGAUGAAUAAAACAAAAAUGACGCGACAUUAAAAGCAAAUCAAAAGGGCCAAUACUGCCAUAUAUAAAAACCCCUUCAAGCGCAUCUGCACUCUAGAAGUAUCAAAUCCCCCCGGGAAAGAUGAGCAAGUUCUUCUUCAAGCGCCUGCAAACGGCGCCACUUGACCAGGAGGUCAGCUCCCUGGAUGCCAGUGACUACUUUUACCGCGUCGCACUGUUCAUGGGCUGGACCCCGCCCAAGGAGGGUCUGCUCCGAUGGAUCUACGCCCUGUGGACUCUGACCACGAUGUGGCUGGGCAUUGUGUACCUGCCGCUCGGGUUGUGCCUCACCUAUGUGAAGCACUUCGACAGAUUCACGCCGACGGAGUUCCUCACCUCGCUGCAGGUGGUCAUCAACUGCAUCGGGAAUGUGAUCAAGACGUGCGUAACCUAUUCCCAGAUGUGGCGUUUCCGCCGGAUGAACGAACUUAUUUCGUCCUUGGACCAGAGAUGUGUUACGCCGUCACAACGUCGGAUUUUUCAUAAGAUGGUGACGCGGUCAAACCUCAUAGUGAUGCUGUUUCUGUCCACGUACCUGGGCUUCUGCUUUCUCAAUCUGUUCACUUCGGUUUUCGCUGGCAAAGCUCCUUGGCAGCUGUACAACCCAUUUGUGGACUGGCAGGAUGGCCGUUGGCAGCUGUGGAUUGCCUCCAUCCUGGAGUACUGUGUGGUCUCCAUUGGCACCAUGCAGGAGCUGCUAUCCGAUACCUAUGCCAUUGUGUUUAUCUCCUUGUUCCGCUGCCAUCUGGCUAUUCUCACCGAUCGCAUAGCUAAUCUGCGCCAGGAUGCGGAGCUCAGUGAGAGGGAAAACUGUGAGCAGCUGGUGGCCUGCAUUCAGGAUCAUCGGACCAUCAUACAGUGCUCUCAAAUCAUUCGACCCAUCCUGUCGAUCACCAUCUUUGCCCAGUUCAUGCUCGUCGGCAUUGACUUGGGCUUGGCGGCCAUCAGCAUCCUGUUCUUUCCGAACACCAUCUGGACGAUUAUGGCGAACGUGUCCUUCAUCGUGGCCAUCUGCACGGAGUCCUUCCCGUUCUGCAUGCUCUGCGAGCACCUGAUCGAGGACUCCGUCCAUGUCAGCAACGCCCUAUUCCACUCCAACUGGAUAAGCGCGGAGAGGCGUUACAAGUCGGCGGUUCUGUAUUUCCUGCACCGGGCGCAGCAACCCAUUCAAUUCACCGCCGGCUCCAUAUUCCCCAUUUCGGUGCAGAGCAAUAUUGCCGUGGCCAAGUUUGCAUUCACCAUCAUCACCAUUGUCAACCAGAUGAAUCUGGGCGAGAAGUUCUUCAGUGAGAGGAGCAAUGGCGAUAUAAAUCCUUAGAUCCUUGGAGUGCACUGCAAAGAAAAGCGCUUAACCUAAUAUUUGCACCCCCACACUUUCACGCUGUAGUGAAGUAGUAUUUGUAGUGUUGACACAUCCACUCAGCUUUCCAGAAGUGAUUACACACUUGAGUGCCAUGUAGUGAUAAGGAGCGAAACCGGGUGGAAAUCUGAAUGAAUAUACGCCGAAUUCCCAUUACCUUUUAAGUAACUUUUCUGUAAUCAUUUCAAUGUAUACACUCACACCAAUAAUUUAAAAGUAUGACACCAUUCGACGUAAUACAGCAGUUUAAAUUGAA